UCGUGAGGGAAGAGUACCCAGAAGCAACUGGACCUCCUCCUCCAUUCUCCUUGACUGACGUCUCUUGGGACCUUUCUCUCCAGACCAGAGACUGGCAGGCUAAGCUUGGAAUUACCUAUCCCAGAGCAAGAGUCGAUGGAGCUGGGCCACCGAGCAGGUACAACCACUUUGCCCAGGGCCCAUCUGAAUAGCAAGGAAGACCAGCAGGACACGGAACCCUGGAGAGCUGCCCCCAGCCCUUUGGAUACCUCCAAGUUCAAGUACCAGGCCCCAGUCUCCCCACAGCAGACCCUGCACGGGGGAGGGAGCCCCCUAAGGCAGGUCCACCCGGAGGAGGUCCGGACUCCACCCCCAUCAGUCAUCAGCAGCAGCUGUCUGUCCCCGGCGAUGGACCCACAGCGUGGGUCCCCAAGGAAGGGAGGCUACAGACCCUCCUCGAGGGAGAGCAGGGCUUCCUUCCGAGAGGGGGCUCAGCCGAACCAGGGGCUGAAGGAAGGCCCCAACACAGGAGCCCAGGGUCCGAGAAGCAGCAUCAUUCCUGACAACAUUCGUCACAAGUUUGGGAGCAAUGUGGUGGAUGACCUUGUCUCAGAGGAGCAGGCUCGAAGGGCCAUCAGUGAGGUCUUUGAGGGCCAGCAGAGGGCAAACUCAUGGCCUAGCAGGACCCAGAGUCCCGUGGAAAUCACCUCCAUCUUCUCAGACUACUAUGACCUGGGCUACAACAUGCGAUCAAACCUGUUUCAAGGGGCCCCCGAGGAGACAAAGAGCCUCAUGAAGGCCUCCUACACUCCCGAGGUGAUUGAGAAAUCAGUGAGGGACAUAGAGCACUGGCAUGGCAGGAAGACGGACGAUCUAGGACGGUGGCACCAGAAAAACGCGAUGAAUAUGAACUUACAGAAAGCACUGGAUGAGAAAUUUGGAGAAAAGAGCAAAAGCAGGAGCUCGAAGUCCUAGAUAUGACUGGGAAGAGUCGCCCUCCACUCAGAGAGAGCGCCAAUAAUAAAGAAAAACACAUCAGAAUGUU